UUAGCUGGGCAACAACAGGUGGCAACCCCCUGCCUAGGACCAGCCUCCCUUUUGACGACGCGGCGUUGCCAAAUUGUCGAAGCGCACGCAAAUUCGCAGAAUAUUAAUUGCCCAUGUGAAUGUGUGUGUGCGUAUGCGUGUGCGUGUGAGUGUGCGAGUGUGCUUGUGCGUGUGUUGGGGGCGUGUGGACGCAAUUAGCAAAUCUAACAGUUCCAAGAAUCGAUUCAGUGCGGCCAAAAAUUAAUUGGCUGCCCCUCAGCAAACAAAACAAAAGUAACAAAAAACCCAAUAAAGAGAAAUACAAAAAGCGCACCUAAAUUCACACCUCAAGACCGCAGAAGAGCCGCAAGACUUUAUAGAAAUAAUCUACAAAAUACCACGAAAAUAAACAAAUCAAAUAAUCACAAUGCGACGGCAACCUUUGGUGAUCUUAUUGCUGCUCAGCUGUGCGCAAUUGCAGGCAGAGAUUGCUCAUUCACCGUUGAUCAGCAAUCGCAUCAGUCCAGCUUCCUCACAGGAGACACAUGCCGCGAUCUCUGCAGUUUGCCCCCAGCGUUUGGCCUACGAGAAAAUGGUGAACAGCAUUGACGAUGUGGAGGAUCUGUAUGUGGAUGUGCCCGUCCACAUUGCCCUUGAGCAGAGGCAGAGGAAACGAUUCGCGCUGAAGUUAAACAACUCAACACCGCUGACGAUUCUGUUCUCGUUGCCUGUGGCACGUCAGCUUUACUACAAUCAAACAGCGAACGUCUUGCGACUUGCAACGCCCGCCAAGGGACCUGGCAUCGCCAUGGGCCGCUUGGUCCUCCCCUGCGCCCUUCGUGGGCAAUACGAUUUGUUUGUGCAGGCACGACAAGGCGGCGCUCUGAAGCUGGAGGCACAGGCCAAGCAUCCGCAGUCAUCGGCGAUGCUCAAUCACUCACAUCGCAUCGCCAUCCGCACUCAGAAUCGGGUGCGAAAACGUCAGUUGAUUGUUAAAUGGGAGCGUAGCAAAUUCGAUUACCAUGCAAUGCACUAUUGCUUGGUGGUUCAACAAGUUGGUUCCGGGGAAGUCAACGACUUUGCCACCUUCUGCGAGGCAAUUUAUGCCUACACUCAACAACAACAGCAGACAAAUUCGAGAGCUUCUUCUGCUCCCUGCUCGGGAGCCAGCAAUAUGUUCGACUUGGUCUGGUCACGAGCACCGAAGCGAGCUCGUCACCUCAAUCCACGACACAACUUGCACAUCGUGUGCACCGGAGCAAGGACGCAGCAACAACUUCGCGGACUUCAGCCCAACAGCAGCUAUCGACUGCAGAUCUUCGGAGUGGAUCAGCGGCUUCAGAACAUGACAUUACCCUUGGCCAGCACUCAGGUGCACUUCAAUCGUACAAACCCAACGGCACUACGGGAGCAGAAUCUUUCUCUGCUCAAGAUUGGUGGAUUGCAUGGGGUUCAGGUGUACAGCUUUAAGGUACCCACGACCACGCCACCUCCGCCCUUUAUGCGCUAUCUGCUGCUGCCUUGUGCUGGCAGCGAGAUACGAGUGAAGCUGCUGCAUCACCACAAAGAAGUCGCUAAUCUGGGCAACAUCUAUGCGCCCACAUAUAUCAAGCAAGAGGGCAUCAAGCCAGGUCAACGAUAUCUCAUGCGAUUUGAGCCCAACAACGAGGAUGAAGCGUUGAGAGCCCAGAAAGUGCGCUUGGCACUGAGCAGCGAGCGACUAUUUCGAGAUCUCCCGGAACUGCCCAAGAACGUAACCGUAUUCAAUGUUCGCACCCGCUGCACCAGCACAACAUUAGCCUGGAACAGCUCUCCGGAUGAGCGCGCUCUGAGCUAUUGCGUGAUUGUCUUUAGUCUGCCGCAGCGAAGUGGCGUGGAAUACACAAAUUAUUGCAUGGACUUUGGAGCACUGCGAAUAACGCAGCACAAGAAUUUCAAGUUCAUACGCUGUCGCGAAAAGCAGCCCAGUCCAAACGAUAAACUGGAAAUGGAGACGAUAUUCGGUUUAACGCCUGGCGAUAGCUAUUUGAUCUAUGUGACUGCCAACUUGAGUAUGGGCAAGCCGUUGCCUUAUCAGACGCUAACGGUGCACAUGGGCAGCCAGUGCGUGGACUUGGAGUCGCAGGAGCAGCCCGAGUACUACUAGGCGUAUGCGCAAUACGCUGCGAUACGCUGUCGAAGAAAGCAUUUGUCAAAGCAAGAAAUUAUCCGUCGUUGUAAAGCUACCUAAUCCACUCAACUACCAUAAACUGAAAACAAAAAGUAAAUCGAAAAAUCUAUCUAAAUACCAUAAUAUACUAUAUAUACUAUAUAUAUAUAUUUACAUAUAACUAUGCGGGUUUUUGCGCUAAGCAUAAAAGACUAUAUAUAUUACAUCUAAAUGGCAAACGUAUCUUAGCUAUGUGAAUGUUUGUGUGUGCUUGCGUGUGUGUUAUUUCGAUCAAUCGAUUAUGUGUGCAUGUAUUUGUGUUUGCCAACGAAUUCCAAGUAUUUUGAGCAAAGUUUUUUUGAUUCUUUCAUAUAAAUUAAGUCUAGCUUUAAAUGUUUUUUGUAUAUUGUUUACGAUUGUGUUUUAUGUGUGUUCAUUGUUUGAAAUCUCGCAUUGGUUUUUACUUAAACAAAUAGUUACCGAUAAACAUAACGAUAGCGAUACCGAUACCGAUAACGAUAACUUUAUUUAGCGCUAGGCUUUUGCUGUUAAGUUUACCACAAUUAAAUUUUUUGUAAUUUUUUACAUACAUACAUAGAUAUUAAAUAUAAUUUAGCUAAGCCUAAUUGUACGAAUACAGAAAAAUAAUAUUAAAGCUAUAAAUGUAUGCAUUAUAUAUGCGCUGUAUUUUUUGAGGCGACUUCAUUAAAAGUUACAAAAUAUGAUAAUUAACUAAAUAAUGUGGACAAUAAAAUGUGCUAUGCAGAGAACCGAGAA